UAUUCUCAAAUGGCCACACCUGGAAGCAGCAGAGGAAGUUUGGGCUAGUCACCAUGAGGAAGCUGGGACUGGGAAAGAAAGGCAUGGAGCACCAAAUACAUGAGGAGGCCCAUCAGCUUAUUGAGACUUUUGCACAUGCAAAAGGGCAACCCUUCAACCCUUCAAUGGCUAUCAGAAAUGCUGUCUCCAAUGUGAUCUGUGCUGUGGCUUUUGGACACCGCUUUUCUAUAGAAGAUAAAGACUUUCUCAGUUUGAUGGAAAGCAUUGAAGUGAUAUUAGGAUUUACAACAAGCAUCCCGCAUGGUUUUUAUGAAAUUCUUCCAUGGCUUGUCAAACAUCUCCCAGGUCCUCAGAAGAAAACAUUUUUGUGCUUAGAGCAUGUGCUUUUAUUUGCAAAGAAGGAGAUCGACAAGCAUAAGGAGCACCAGGCCAUGCACGAGCCACAGGAUUUGAUUGAUUUUUAUCUGCUUCAGAUGGAAAAGAGCAAGAGGGACCCCAACUCUACAUACACUGAAGACAACCUCUCCCAGGACAUAUUUGACCUCUUUAUCGCAGGUUCUGACACAACUGCAUCGACUCUACAAUGGGCUCUGCUCCUCAUGGUGAAUCAUCCCGAUAUCCAAGAGAAAGUCCAUAAGGAACUGGAAAAUGUUCUGGGUUCAUCUCAAUCAUUCAGUUAUCAAGAUCUAAAGAAACUGCCCUACACCAACGCUGUAAUUCACGAGAUCCAACGACUGCAAUAUGUCUUAUUAUAUGGGCUGCCCAGAGAAUGUGUGAAGGAUGCGAACAUACUUGGCUUUCCCAUUCUAAAGGGCACCGCGAUUCUUCCAGAUCUUUGUUCUGUUCUUCUUGAUCCUAAGCAAUGGGAGACUCCUGAAGAGUUGAACCCAAAUCAUUUUUUGGACAAGGAUGGAAAUUUUGUGCCUAGAGAAGAAUUUCUGCCUUUUGGCGCUG